AUGCCACUUAAGUUUUUGCUUCCGCUCGGGUGCCAUCCUGUCACCUGUGCUAUCGUGGGCAUCGUCUCUUGCGGUAUCGCGCUAGUACCGGCCAAGGUACUGUACACAUUUGCGUAUGUCCUUGUGAAUCUGUCUAACCACAAUCGCACGGUUCAAAGUUAAACUCAACAAUCGCUGCAACCCUACAGCAAGCUGCUUAUUGUUUUUACGAAAACAUAUAAACAAUGAGUUUAACGAGCACACACACUUCUCUUGACGAUGAAUCACAGAGAGAGCUAGACGACCUUAACAGACGAAUCGACGCCCUGCAAGAGAGGAAGCACGCCCUAGCCUUUCAAGCCUUUCAAGUCCACUCCACCAUUCGCACUCUUCAAAGUCGUGCUGCACAUAUCACGAACAAGACCGCUCCAAUAUCGCGUCUUCCAUCAGACGUGCUUGCCAUCAUCUUCGAGGAAAGCCGACGACUUCUUACACCUUGGAGCAGUGUAGUAAAGCGCCCACUCUCUCCCGAAGUACAGCUCUCCCACGUCUCAUCUAGAUGGCGGGAAGUGGCACUUUCAACCCCUGCUUUGUGGACAACUAUCAGGUUCCCUAUUCUACACAAGGCAGCUGCUGCUGUGGCAUAUCUCCAGCGGUGCAAUCAAGCACCCCUCAGUGUCCACAUAGGCCCAAGAGUUUCUGAUCCAGAUUCGCUGCGCUUUAUUGCCGCACAAUUCGUACCCCGACUGAAUCAAAUUCGCGAGCUCACUUUCGACACCGACGAGCGUCAGGAACUCUGCGCAUUGUUUCCUUUGUUCGCCGAAGAACCUGCUUCGAUUCUAAAGCGAUUAAAGAUUUGUUGCAAUGACACACGCGGUGCUUCUGGCGUUAUUCCCCGCCUCGAUAUAUUUAAAGCAGGAGCACCGCUCUUGUCUGAUAUUCGCCUCAGCGCCUUUGCAGUCGGACUGCCCCAGUGUUCUGCAACCACUCUGCAUCUUGAACCGCCACCUGGACCCGGGAAUCCUUUGUCCAGAAAUGCAUUCCUCGAUAUUCUCGCUCCGCUAUCAGCUACCCUUACUACACUACAUCUGAGAGGUUUCAUCAGCGGAUUUCACCAGGAACCUGGUAGCACACCUGUUGAGCUCCCAGCUUUGAAGGAGUUAUUAGUGUACGGCAACACCCUGAAUCACGGAUUUAAUGUUUUCCGGAACAUCUCCACCCCUGCCAUCAAAUCGUUAUCCCUUGUCAACGUUCGACGGCAGGGCUUAUCCUCAAUCCAUAAAUUUAUUGCUAGGACAUCUCCGGAGCACUUCCAACAUCUUCACACAUUACGAUACAUAAACUGCGACAUCGACGAUGAUCUCGACGUUUAUCUUCCUCACGCAACAUCUGCUCUCACAGAACUUGCUGUGUCUGUCAAGCAUCACACCCAUCUCUUGCGACUUCUACUGAACAGCGAUAAACAAUCUGCUCUCCACGGAGCGCCUCCCUUGUGGGGUAAUCUCCGCACCUUGUCGCUCCACGUUCCCAAGCCAUUGGACCGAGAAAGAGAGGAUAUAGACUCUGAUGAAGAAGAUGACCCGCCCCCAACGUUGGGACUACUAUUGGAGGUAGUGCAACAGAGAAGAGUGGUGGGAAAGCCUCUUGACCUUCUUCGGAUAGAGGGCCCGCACGCUCGCUCGUUCUAUGAGGAGUUUACAACUAUCCUCGAGAAAGCGCACGAAGAUCUUCACGCAGAACUUUUCUCAGUAUCCUUGCCUUGUUCAGACGUUCAGGAUUCAGAAGUAGAUUGGGCGUUUGCUGCUCACUACAUUGGAAACCAAUAUCGUCUUUUCAUGUUCAAGAAGCAUCAGCAGUUUGCCCCCCACGGUACUCCAGCUAUUCAUCCUCGAGGGCUUCCUGUCAUGGCAUACCCUUCAACACCUACGCAGGUUCCAUAGAAAUCUACCUUUUCUCUUCAUCUAAACGGAACUUGAUUCUUAGCUUUGUUGCUAUCUGUAUUUUAUUGUACUUCAACACGGUUUCAUACAAUACUUAGGGUGAUAUUGUUUCAUCCUCACGCAAUCCUUACGAGUUGUUUACAGCAGCACAGCCACCGGAGAGCAUGAAGCAAUGCGCCCAUUUUCGUUGAAU